AUCGUUUUUGUGUCUUGUCACACGUUGGAAUACCGAGAGCUUGGAACCGGGACUGCCUUCUCAUUGCGUGUGUUUUGACAUCCUCACAGCUGUGUGUGCGUGUUAAUUUGGGAGCCAAUCAAGCAGCCAUGGACGCGUUCAUGAAGGGUUUCUCUAAAGCCAGGGAUGGGGUCGUGGCGGCGGCGGAGAAAACCAAGCAGGGAGUGACUGGAGCAGCUGAGAUGACGAAAGAUGGGGUUAUGUUUGUCGGUUCCAAAACAAAGGAUGGAGUCACAACAGCUGUGUCUGGAGUGUCUCAUGUGGGUGGAGCCAUGGUUACCGGGGUUACCGCUGUGGCCCACAAAACUGUGGAGGGUGCAGGGAACAUUGCCGCUGCCACUGGAUUGGUCAAGAAGGAUCCCACCAAACAAGGUGAUGAAGCCUCAGCAGUACAGGACAUGGCAGAGUCACCGGUUGAUACCGACCCUGCUGAUGCUACAGAGGAUGACACGGAUGACAACUGAUUUAGAGCGUCACAAUCAAAGAUCAAUGAUCAAUGAUCGAAACAUUCCAUGUCGCUCUGCCAAGUCCCGUUGUGCCUCGUUUUGGUCCUUUAUGGAGUCUCUGCUCAACGUCUGUGCGUGUGUGUCUGUUUGUGUUGUUACGUAUGUCUGUACAGUAUAUGUGUAAAUGUUGUAGAGAAAGAGGGUUGAUGUUGUGUGAGUGCGUGAGUGAGUGAGUGAGUGAGUGUGUGUGUGUGUGUGUGUGUCUAUAUGUACUUUUUCUGUCAACUGUGUGACUAUGUCAAUAACUCA